ACUGGGUACCAGGGUUAUGAUGUCACACUGUUGUGCCAAUAUAUCCAUGGAAACACAGAAGACAAAAUACAACAAAUGCAGUGGACGUGGCAGAAUGAGUCCAGUAAAUGUGAAAUCAUGGUCUUUAGCAUGGACCAUGGCCUUUCUCUGCAUGACACAUUCCUGAAAGACAGAGUCAGCUUCAGUAAGAGCUCUCCUCCGAUCUAUGAGGCCUCCAUCAUCAUCAAAGAUGUGAAGAUGAGUGAUCAGGGAGUUUACAGCUGUGCCUACACAACCUUCCCUAGCGGCAGUCAUACAGGACAAACCACUCUUACAGUGUUAGAAGGCAGUCCUCCUGUUCUGUCCACUGCUGAGGCUGUAGGGAUUGUGACUGCUGUAGUGCUCAUCACUAUGAUUACAGCUGUUGUGGGGUAUUUAUUCCUGCGCAACAGACGAAGAGCCGGCAGCAAUUUCAAUUAUUACACAACUCAGAGCCCCAGUGACCUACAACAGGAUGUCACAUAUUCUGAUGUCACAAUACUGAAACCAGGUAAAGCUAACAGAAGCACCUCGUCAUCGGGGGACAUUGAAUACGCUGCGGUUUCCUUCAGUGGUCGGUCAGGAUCAGCGUCACUGCGAGCCUCAGCCAAUCAGACUGCUUUGGGUUUCCACACAGCAGAGCAGGAAACUGUGUACGCACAGGUGAAAAAAGACUGAUUUUGAGUACAAACGUCACAUCCACUACAGAUUUCUGUUAAUGAGGUGUUUGUGAACAGUAGAGACAAUAAAGGGCCGAUCACACCAAGGACAACUAUAACGUUUUAAUAAUCAUUCUAAUUCUAAGAAUAGGGAAGUCCACACCUCAGCUAUAAUGAUAACGACAGAGGAACAAUAUUGUUGGAAUCACCUUUUUCCAGCUGAUGGAGGACAAAACCAUUGACCAUCUGACUUUAAAGAGCUUGAGCAUUUAUAGCAGCAGACAACAAAACUCCAGCUUAUAAUAAACAAAACGUCAUCGUCCGUUAGCUAUGGACAAUUAUGAAUUUAUCGUUAUUGUUAUCGUUCUUGCUGCGAAUGGACUGAUAGCCGCCUUUCCCGACCCCAUCCCCCUCUCUCUCACAUACUUCGCUUCCUGUCAAAACCUACUGUCCUAUCAAAAUAAAAAAGCAAAAAUGACAAAAAAAUCCCCUGCCAAUAUGGCCCAAAAACUGACACUGACAGUGUUUAAAAAGCGUGCUUGUUCUCUUUUUUUAGAGCUAGACUUGAGUCUGUGUGUGGUCUAUGCAAAAAGUCACAAAUCUUAGCACUUCUUAAAAUGAAAGAAAUGAGCUGAUUUAAAUACAUACCAAUACAUACUCACUGUGAACAUUUAUUCCUAAGUGUCCCUUUAUUUUCAUCUCUUUGUGGGCUUUGAUUUAGAAUAACAAAAUUGCCUGCAGAAAAACACAAUCCAGUCUGUACACAGCAUAAGGGUCGACAAUAAAAAAAAAAAAGUAAAAUAAA